GUAUUUGCAUGAAACCACGAGCAAGUGUAUGCAUGUUUGUGAGUGUGUGUUACUACGUGUAACUCUGCUUUAUUGCAGCUUACGCCUGAAAAAGCACUGAUGUCACACGAAAAACAAGGUGGGGAGCUAUAAAGGCUGAAAUCUAACAUCCUCCAUCCUGUGUUGAAGUGUACAUGUGGACAGGGUCACAUCGAGGAAAUAUUUGGUAUGUCUUGAUAUUGUAUUUCAUUUAAAAGGUUGCAUUUUUAGGUAACAGAGCAGCUCAAAAAGAUGAACUGCUUGAAUUUUCUUUUUAUGAAUUAAUGUAUUUAUUUUUACCCGGUUCCUUGAUGUGCAUAACAUUGAACAUUCUCUGUUUUUGAAGCCAAGGCAAAGAAAGGUUCUUCCAGCCUCAGAAAUUGUACGUCGCAGCAUUUGGGGUUUCAAGACAACCACAAUGUGUUCUGGGGGCUUUGCCAAGUGUCUGGGUAUCAGUUUGAUACCCCUGGUAAUUGUGUGUGUGCUAUGCAACAUCCUUCUCUUCUUUCCUGGUGGGGAGAUCAUAGACAAGGACAAGAUCACUGAAGAGGUGUGGUACUUUGGAGGAAUUCUUGGCUCUGGAGUUUUGAUGAUUUUCCCUGCCCUGGUCUUCCUUGGUCUGAAGAACAAUGACUGCUGUGGUUGCUGUGGCAAUGAAAGCUGUGGGAGGAGGUUUGCGAUGCUGAAUUCCAUACUGUUUGCAGCUGUGGGUCUUGUCGGAGCCGGUUACUCCUUUAUAGUUUCAGCUGUUGCCAUUAACCACGGACCCGAAUGUCUGACUCUAGUAAACGAGACACUAACGUGGACAUAUCCCUUCAACGAUGGUGACUACCUGACCAACUCGACCAUGUGGUCAAAAUGUAUCGAGCCAGUUGGUGUGGUGUCAUGGCAUCUCUCGCUGUUCUCCGUUCUGCUCGUCAUGGGUUUAAUCCAGAUUGCGCUUUGCGCUGUGCAAGUGAUAAAUGGGCUGCUGGGAGCUCUAUGUGGCGACUGCUGUGGCUGUUGUGGUGCGAAUGAUGGAGCUGUGUGAACAGUUGUCGUGGCUGAGAUCAUCUUUGGGCAGAAAUUUCCCCUGUAUUUAUUCUAUUUUUAGAGUGUAGCAAAAAGAACUAAUUGAUUACAGUGUAAUGUAUAUGAUGUCACAACACUGUUAAGAAUUUACAACUGGUGUAAUGUAUGUUAUUUUCAUUC